AUGCAACAAAAUAAUCUGAAAUUUCAAAAAGAACAAGUUAAAUGUUUUAUGGAUUCAGUAGUAAUAUUAGGACAUUUGAUAACAAGAAAAAGAAUUAGCUCAGAUCCAAAGAAAGUAGAAAAAUUAAGGACAUUAAAAAUUCCAGAAUCAGCUUUUGAAAUGAAAAGUUUCAUUGGAUGUUUAACCUAUCAAAAAGGGGUUGUUAAAAAUUUAGCUGAAUAUAAAGCAGGUUUAGAGAAUAUUGUACAUAAAAAACCAUAUACUAUUACAGAUGAAGCUAAAGAAUGGUUUAAUCAAGCAAAAAAAGCAUUAUUAUCAUCUUGUGUUAAUCAUUUUUAUAAUGGUAAGAAUAAACUAAUAUUGGAUUGUGAUGCUAGUGACAUAUUCAUGGGAUUUAUUUUAUACUCGUUAACAGAAGGCAGAGAAAUAAUAAUUGCACUAAAUUCUAGGAAAUUUACAUCAUAUGAAUUAAAACUAGCUAAUCAAGUUAAAGAAUGUUUAGAAAUUUAUUAUGCCAUAAAGAAAUUCCACCAGUUUUUAACAGGUAGGAGAUUCAAUAUUAGAUCUGAUCAUAGAACAUUAUCAUUAAUAUUCAAAGAAGAAGCGGGUAUUAAGAAAUCAACAAGACAAAUUGGAUUAGUAGAUACAAUUUUUAGAGCAGAUUAUAAAGAACUAAAAGAAAUAAUAUCUAAUAGAAAAGAAGAAUUGAUGAAAGAUCCCACAGAGAUAUAUAAAUUAACAACGUUCUUUGAUGUUCAACAAUUAGUAAGCAAAUCAGUAAUGUUUUCUGAAAAAGAACUUAAUAAAGCAUCAGUGGAGGAUCAAGAAUAUAUGCAACUAUUAAAACACCUUAAAUAUAAUGCUCCAUGUCCAAAAGAAUAUAAAAAGGUAGAAGAGUUUUUAGGUUUAGAAAAUGAUUAUGCUUUAAUGGGAGAGAGAAGAAUAAUUCUAUUAGGAAUUAGAAAAAAAUGUUUAGAACUUUUACAUUUAACUCAUGAUGGAGCAAAUAAUGUAGCAACAAUUUUUAAUCAAUAUAUAGUAGUUUGUCAAGAUGUAUUCAGUGAUAUAGCAUUUUUAGAAAAUUUUGAACGUCAUAGUAUUAAUGAGAUAACAGAAUUUUUAAUGAAUAUUAUUAAGAAUUAUGGAUUUCCAGAUGAAUUAGUUUCUGAUGGAGGAAAAGAAUUGGUUCAAUUUGGCAAACUCUGA